GCUCCCUCUCCGCCCUGCACCGGCGGCUAGUCUGCGCAUGCGUGUCAGUGGCACUAGCAGCGAACCGGGCAGGCAGUUCCUUCCUCGGAGGGAGAGAUUCCUCUGCCAUGGAGUCCUACGAUGUUAUCGCCAACCAGCCUGUGGUGAUCGACAACGGAUCCGGUGUGAUUAAAGCUGGUUUUGCUGGUGAUCAGAUCCCCAAAUACUGUUUUCCAAACUAUGUGGGCAGACCCAAGCAUGUUCGUGUCAUGGCAGGAGCCCUCGAAGGUGACAUCUUCAUUGGCCCCAAAGCUGAGGAGCACCGAGGGCUGCUGUCCAUCCGGUACCCCAUGGAACAUGGCAUUGUCAAGGACUGGAACGACAUGGAGCGCAUCUGGCAAUAUGUCUAUUCUAAGGACCAGCUGCAGACUUUCUCAGAGGAGCAUCCUGUGCUCCUGACAGAGGCGCCUUUAAACCCACGGAAAAACCGAGAACGAGCUGCUGAAGUUUUCUUUGAGACCUUCAAUGUGCCAGCCCUCUUCAUCUCCAUGCAAGCUGUGCUCAGCCUUUAUGCCACAGGCAGGACCACAGGAGUGGUGCUGGAUUCUGGGGAUGGCGUCACCCAUGCUGUGCCCAUUUAUGAGGGCUUUGCCAUGCCUCACUCAAUCAUGCGCAUCGACAUCGCUGGCCGAGAUGUCUCUCGCUUCCUUCGCCUCUACCUGCGUAAGGAGGGCUAUGAUUUCCACUCAUCCUCAGAGUUUGAGAUUGUCAAGGCCAUCAAAGAAAGAGCCUGCUACCUAUCCAUAAACCCCCAGAAGGAUGAGACGCUAGAGACGGAGAAGGCUCAGUACUACCUGCCCGAUGGCAGCACCAUUGAGAUCGGUCCUUCCCGAUUCCGGGCACCUGAGCUUCUGUUCAGGCCAGACCUGAUCGGCGAGGAGAGCGAGGGCAUCCACGAGGUGCUGGUGUUUGCCAUCCAGAAGUCUGACAUGGACCUGAGGCGCACCCUUUUCUCCAACAUUGUCCUCUCGGGAGGCUCCACCCUGUUCAAAGGUUUUGGUGACAGGCUGCUGAGUGAAGUGAAGAAACUGGCUCCAAAAGAUGUGAAGAUCAGGAUAUCUGCACCUCAGGAGAGACUGUAUUCCACAUGGAUCGGGGGCUCUAUCCUCGCCUCCCUGGACACCUUUAAGAAGAUGUGGGUCUCCAAGAAGGAGUACGAGGAAGACGGUGCCCGAUCCAUCCACAGGAAAACCUUCUAAUGCUGGGACAUCAUCUUCAUCUUUCUCUGAAGUUAACUCCACUUUAAAACUCGCUUUCUUGAGUCGGAGUGUUUGCGAGGAACUGCGUGUGUGCAAGCGUGUGUGUGUGUGUGUGUGUGUGUGUGUGUGUGUGUACAAGUAUGUGCACCUAUGCGAGUGCCGUGUGGCCCAGGGAUCCCAGGGCCCAGAAAGGACGAUGAACUACCCACGAUGGUGAUGGCCUGAGGCCUGGGGUUGACCACUAACUGGCCCUGACAGGACAGAAUGCUGGCAGAGGGCUCCAUUCCUUCGUCUACUGGGCCUCUGUCUGGCUGUGCGGGACUGUUUACUACCUACCAUAGGGACAGAGGGAGGUAGACCUAACCCCAGGGAGACCUUGCUGCUGCCCAUCCUAGGCUAGUUAAACACCACCCCGGCCCCAUCCUUGGGUGCCGAGGCCCAAGGCAGCUGCUGCCUUCCUUGUUCAUCAUUCUGUUCUUGAUGCCUCUUGAUCAUGGAUUGAGGACUGGAACUGGGGUUGAGUUCUAUCUGGUUUUGAUUGCAGUUUGGGUUUGGGAGGCUGGAAAGGAGGGCAGGAUGCUCUUAACUUUACCUGGGGGCCAGGACCACACUGGGCAUUUGAGGAAGGCAGGAGUAGUGCUACUUUUGAUUGGCGGCAGAGUCCAAGUUCCAAUCCCAAGCCCCAUCUAGGGAAUCUUGGGAGAACUUAAGGAGCCUCUUGGCUCCAGGCCAUUACUUACUUUUCAUCCAUCCUUGGGCAAUGCCAUUUUCAAACAAUGUUAUUUAUUUGUUUGUGCAGUAUGGGAACUGGAGGGAGGGAGCUUAUUGCCUCCUGCCCACCAGUCACCCUGUUCACACUAAUGUUUACAGCAUCUAAGCUUAGCAUAGUCUCCAGGGCCCCGCCACUCCCUGCUAAGGGUGAACUGACAGUAUCCAUAGGCUGACGCCAUUUGGGAUCUGAGGCUACACUCAAAGUCACUCCCACAGCCUCUCUCUCUCCCUCUUCCACUUGCUCACUUCCCUAGAAUCCACAGGCUGGUUGUGGUUGGAUUUUCUGAAGCUGGUGGUAGAAUCACUCCUUGGCAGAGGCCCUAGCAAAGGAGGGAUGUUGGGGGACCUAGCUCCCUUAGGAUUGGAGAAAGAGCCGCAAUGAACCAAGUUGCCUUUUCCCACUCUAGCUGACCUGAGGGGCUAGGUUAUAGAGAUGAGAAGGCCCCCUCUGGACUGAUACUGUGCCAUUCUUUACUUUGGACCUAUUUAGUUAGCGAGGAGGCCAGACCCAGGUGCCAGGAGCUGGUGAGCUCAGGUUCAUCUCUGGUCCAGUGGGGCAAGCAUGUACUCUGGGCUGGGCUGGCCUAGCAGUGGUCCAAAGGCCCUUCAGCCCCGAUGGUACAAAGCUGGGCUGACCAAUGUUCGCCGGCACCCUCACUUGACACCAAGGUCUGCCCCAAGCCCAGAUUCAGGCAGUAUUCUCCCCAUGCCAUCCAACGAUGAAAGGCCCGUCUAGGUGUGGGCCACAGCAGCAGGUGUGUGUGAAAGCGAUGUUGUGGCCCGCGGACUGCAGUGUGCUUAACCAAUUCACCUCCCUUCUUUUAGCCCAAGCCUGUCCUUCACACAGCCUUGCACAAACCACAAACCAGCCUUGCCUGGUGGGGCCCAGUGUACUUAAAUAAAGUCCUUCCAAUAGACACGUCA